CUCUUCCGGUGUCGGAUGCAACGUCAUAUUUUUACCCGCGUUUGUUGAACAGCCCCUUUUGUUUGGCGGGACUGCGUUAUUUGGAGUCUAAAAGCUUCAUCUAAUCGGCACUAUGCAGUUUGGAGGCAGAAAAAAGAAGAUUAGCACUAUCCCUCAGUCGGAGCUCUAUGGGCAGCACCUGCAGUUUUAUGGACAGCCUCCUCUUGAAAACAUCUCUCUCUCUGAAUUUGAAACAUUUGCUGCGGAACGACUGAAGUUGUUGAAGACUGUGGAGAACUUGGGUGUGAGCCAUGUCAAGCUUACAGAUCCGUAUAGACGCAAACUUGAGAGUCAGCUUAAAGCUCUGAACUUUCCUUACAGACCAGAUGCUGAUGACAAGAAAUCUCAAAGUGGACCAAUUGAAUAUGAAAAACGAAGAAAAGACCAUAUCUCCCACUUCAUUCUCAGACUGGCCUACUGCCAAACGGAAGAUCUGAGGCGCUGGUUUAUACAACAGGAAGUUGAUCUUUUCCGCUUCCAUUUUACUGAGUUGGUCCCAAAACAACAACUGGCAUUUCUUCACAAGAAUAAUCUCCAUUAUGACACAAUUAGCAGCGAGGAGAAGACUGCGCUGAAGGAUCAACUUAUAAACUCCAGCUUUGGCGUCAGUGGAAUCAAGGUGAUGGAACACGAGUUCUACAAGGUGCCUUUUCAAGAUGCCCUGGAUCUUGUGCGACUGAGGAAAGUGUACCUCAAACAAGGCUAUGCAUACAUUCCCCAUCAGGAUAUUGUCACCAUUGUUCUCAAUGAUUUCCGCACAAGGCUGUCUAAAGCUCUUGCAUUGACGGCUCGCUCGCUACCAGCAGUGCAUUCUGAUGAACGGCUCCAACCUCUCCUUAACCACCUCAGUCAUGCCUAUGUGGGACAGGAUUACAGCAUCCAGAAGAAUGUUGGGAAAAUCUCCUUGGAUCAGAUUGAUUCACUUUCAGGGAAGUCAUUCCCAUUGUGUAUGAGGCAGCUCCACCAGUCUCUUAGAGAAAACCAUCAUCUCCGCCACGGAGGUCGGAUGCAAUACGGUCUCUUCCUCAAAGGUAUCGGCCUGUCUUUGGAGCAGGCACUGCAGUUCUGGAAAAUGGAGUUCAUAAGAGGCAAAGUGGAUGCAGACAAGUUUGACAAAGCAUAUGCCUACAGCAUCCGCCACAUGUUUGGCAAAGAAGGAAAGCGAACAGACUACACCCCCUACAGUUGCAUGAAGGUGAUUUUAUCAAACCCACCCAGCCAAGGAGACCAUCAUGGAUGUCCAUUCCGUCACAGCGACCCGGAGCUGCUGAAGCAGAAGCUUCAAGUGUACAAAGUGUCUCCCAGUGGAAUCAAUCAGAUCCUGGAGCUGGUUAAAGGAAUGCACUACCAGCUGGCAUGCCAGAAAUACUUUGAGCUGACACACAAUAUUGAAGACUCAUCUUUCUCACUCAAUCACCCUAACCAGUACUUUCUGGAGAGCCAGAAACUUCUGGGUGGAGGCAAGGACAUAAAGAGAGAGAUGGAUGCUCCGCAGAGGUCACAGGAAAACUCCGCCUCCAAAGGAUCAACCGGAACUCAAGAGGUGGCAGCAAACACCUCCCAACAUUUGGCCGAGAUGACAGAAGAUUUAGAAUCUUUCUUUCAAGAGGCCUGAUUCUCAAAUGUUUAAAUACACAUACAAAUAAUUCUGUAUCUCUGGACAUGCUCUGAAUUCUGCUGAAUCUUACAAAUUCCCUAAACUGUUGUAUUAAGUAUUAAAGUUGAAAAUCUGU